AUGAAUGAACAGUUUAAUAACAUGCUAAAUAGUUGCCAGAUAAACGAAAAGGAGGGGCAAGAAAUAAAUAAAAAUAAUAAUAUAGAAAAGAAACAAGAUUUACAAUUAAGUAUGCACCUGAAUAUAGGAUCAAAUAUGUAUGUUGAUGAAAUAAAAAAUAUAUCAAAAGAAGAAGAUAGGAAAAAAAAAAAUAUAUUAAAUUCAAAAUAUAUAUCAUCAAAGAAUAACGAAUUUGUAGAACCACAAUUAUAUGAAUUAAAUAAUUAUAAUGAGAAUAAUAUAUAUGAGGAGAAACCAUUUUUUUCUAAUUCUAUUAAUAUGAAUAGUAACGACAAUGUUAUGAAGAAAUAUAUAAUACAAAAAUAUGGAAAAAAAAAUAUAAAAAAAAGGAUGGACAUAAUAAAUCAAGAAAAUAAUAAUAUUAAUAGUAAUAAUAAUAUUAAUAGUAAUAGUCGUGGUGUAAUAAAAUAUGAGUUACGUAAGACAUCUAUUUGUAAAUAUUGGAUGAAAGGUAUAUGUGCUAAUGUUGAAUGUAAUUUUGCUCAUGGUGAACACGAAUUAAAAUAUACAGAUGGAGUAUAUAAAACAACUAUAUGCAAACACUGGAAAAAAAAUGGUAUGUGUUCUAGUGGUAUUCAUUGUAGACAUGCUCAUGGUGAGAAUGAAUUACAACCAAAAAAUUUACCUUUACAUUUAUUAAAAAAAAAAAAUAAUUUGAAAAAUAAAAAUCAAACAAAAUCUUUUCAUACAAAUAAAGACUUUACUUUAAAUAAUAAAAAUGUUAUAGAAAUAUAUAGCAAUAAGGAGGAUCCCCUAAAAAAUAAUACCAUCGAUAUUAACAAUAAUAGUAAUAGUAAUAUUUAUUAUUAUGGAAAUGACGAGAAUCAAAAAGAUGCCAAUAUUUUUAGAAUGGAUACUUUUUAUAACAAUAUAGUUGAUAGUGCAAAAUAUAUGGACACAUCACACACAAACAACAACAAUAAUAAUGAUGAUGAUAAUAAUAUUGUUUGUGGGGAGGAAAAACAAAUCAACAAUGAUACACCUAAUAUUCUUAACCAUCCUAAUUUAUCAAAUCAUUCAAAUUAUGCAAAUUAUUCAAAUUAUAUAAAUAAAAAUAUUAAUUAUUAUGAUACAUGCAAACAUAUAUGGAACCAUAAUAUUUCUAAGGAUACAAACAAUCUAUUGAAUAAUAUGGAAAAGAAUUUUUUUUUGUUUUCUAAUGUGGAUGAUAAUCAAAUGAUAGAAGAAUGUAAUAUGAACCAUAUAGUUAAUGACAUACCUAAAAAAGAAAAUAUAAUAACAUUAAACGAUAAUUCAAAUAAUCUAACUAAUAUAAAAAAAAAAAAAAUAAAUGAUAAUGAUCUAUCGAAUCUUACAAAUUUUCAUAUUUAUAAAGAAGAUCAUUUAAAAAAUACAUCUAUUAAUAAUAAUAAAAAGGAGACAGUAGUAUUAUCACAGUGUAAACAAAAUACAUAUUUAAAAGUAAACUUAUUAAACAAUAACAAUCAAACAGAAAAUCAUUGUAAUAACAAUAAUAAUAUUAUGAACAAUGAUUAUAAUCAAUUUAAUAAUAAUAAUUUCAUAUUUCAAAAUAAUAAAUUUAUAGACAAUAUAGGAGUGGAUGGAAAUAUAAAUAAUAUGGAAAUUUUUAAAAAUGUUGAAAGUGAAAAAAAUAAUGGACAGUAUAUUAAUUAUAAAAAUAAUAACAACACUAGUGAUAUUAAUACAUCUAUUAUAAAUGAUUGUAAUUAUGAAAAUUAUAUUAAUAAUAAGGAAGCAAGUAAUAUAAGCACAGAUGAUAUAUACCAUAGUAAUAUAAAUAUUCAUAAUCAUCAUGUAAAUAAUAAUAAUAAUAUUUGCACUACUAGCUUGAGUGAUAUAUUUAGUAAUGAUUCUUGUCAAUCUAAAAAAAAAGAAUCUACAUCUUUUAAUAAAAAUGAUACUCAUGAUAUAACAAAAAAUGUAUCCAAUAAUAUGAAACACUUUUCUCUCUAUAAUAAUAAUAAUAAUAAUAAUAUAAAAUUAAAUGAUAAUUAUUCAAGUGAUAAUUUUUAUUAUGAUGAAAAGAAAAAUGAAGAACACAACCCUUAUGAUAAUAAAAAUAAUAAGAUGAAAAUGUUUCGUAAUAUAAAUAUUUGUAUUAUAAAAAAAGAAUACGAACAAGAACAUAAAAAUGAGAAUAAUAAAAAUAUAAUAUAUAAUAAAAAUGAAAAUGAAAUUAGAUAUAAUAAAGAAAUAUUAAAUAUGAAUAAUAUAAAUAAUAGAUCUUCAAAUGAGUAUAUUACAAAUAAUAAUAUAGAUAAUCAUGAUAAUAAUAUGAACACAUUAUAUAUGUGUAAAGAAAAUAAAUUUAAAAAUGUUGAUAUGUCAAAUACUUACAAUAUUAAUAAUGAUAAUUAUUUACAUAACACUGUUGAUAAGAACAAAGAUUGUGUUAUAAUUCCAUACAAAAAUAAGAUAAAUGAUAGCAAUAUAAAUGGUGAUAAUAUAUUAUAUACAUAUAACCAACAGAUAAACAAUCACAACAAUAAUAAUAAUAAUAUUGAUAUUAUUGAUAAUAAUUGUAAUAAUAAUAAUGAUAAAAAUGUCACUGCUAAUAUUGAAAAUAUAAAUAAAAAAAAUGUAAUUAAUAAAGACAAAUUAAAAAUUAUAAAUUCUUUUAUUGAUUAUGAAUUAAAUUAUUAUAGAAAUAAUAAAGAUAAUUAUAAUAAUAUAGAACAUAAUAUAAAAAAUAUGAAUGAACAAAAUAAUAUAAAUAAUAAUGUAAUGUAUAUAGCAACAAAAGAUUACACAAAUAAUAUUCCUACUAUCAAAUAUGAUACUACAAAAAAUAUAAUUAAAAGUGAUGAGUAUCUUGUGAAUAAUAAUUAUAAUGACAAUUACAAUUACAACAACUACAACUAUAAUUACAAUUAUAAUUAUUCUUAUGAUAAUAUCCAUAUAUCUAAUAAGAAUAUCAAAGAUGUUAUGAAUUUAUAUACAAACCUUAGUAAUAAAAAAAACGAAAAAAAUGUUUACACCUCUAAUGAUAUUAUAUCUAACGAUGAAUAUAUAAAAAAAGAAAACUCUGGAAAUUCUCAAAUAAUAGAGAGUACACAUAUGUUAGAUGAAGAAAUGAAGUGUUCUCAAGGAAAUAAAAUGAAAAUUAAAAGUAACAUAAAAAGUAAUAAUAGCAACAACAAUAAUAAUAAUAAUAAUAUUAAUUUUAAUUAUAAUAAUAUUAUCAAUCAAUCUUAUUAUAAUCAUAUUAACGAUUCAUAUUACUAUCAGAAUAAUAAUCUAGAAUCAUAUAAGAAUCAACAAAAAGAUACAUAUAAUAUAAACAAUCUAAUACAUAAUAUGAAAUUAUUAAAUACAGAAUAUGAAUCUCCUCAAAUUUCUGAACAAGAAAAAACGAUUUUAAAAAAUAUAGAUGUGAAUAAAAAUAACAAUAUUAAUAUAAAUAUUAAUAACAUUACACUUCCUACUAUUCAAGAUAAUCAAAUGAAUAAUUAUAAAAAAUAUACAAAUAAUCUAGACACAAUAUCAGAAGAAUACCCAGCUAGCUAUAAUGAUACUCUGAAAAUACAAAGUGAAACAUUUAUAGAUUCACAAAAAAGUAUAUACAUCUUUCCAUAUUGUGUAACAAGUGAAUGCAUUAAUAAUCCAUAUGAUAGCUCUCCUUAUAUAGAAGAAAAUAUGCAAGACAUAAAAGAUAAUAAAGAAAUAGAAACCAUAAGUAAUAUCUUAUAUGAUGAGCAGCAACAUUGUGUAGAUGAAGAAGAUGUAUUUAAAAGAAGUGAACAUUUUAAUAUAUUUAAUAAGGAAGAUAAAAUAGAUAUUCAUCAUAAUGAUAAUAUUAAUGGUGAUAAUAUUAAUGGUGAUAAUAUUAAUGGUGAUAAUAUUAAUGGUGAUAAUAUUAAUGAUGAUAAUAUAAAUAAUGAUAAUAUAAAUAAUGAUAAUAUAAAUAUUGAUAAUAUAAAUAAUGAUAAUAUUAAUGGUGAUAAUCAUAAUAAUUUUCAUCAUCAUAGUGAGGACCUUAAAUGUGAAGAAAAUAAAAAAACAGAUAAUAUGGAAAUACUAUUAAAAAACAAUAAUAUAAUAAUAAAUAAUUUAUAUAAUGAUAAUAUAAAUAAUUAUAAUAAAUAUUGUGUCAAAAAAGUUGAAUAUAACAAUAUAAAUAAUACGAAUGAACAAAAUAAUAUCAAUCACCAUAAAAAAAUAGAAGAAAAGUUUAAAAUAAAAAAUAACUAUGAUACUAGUUAUAAACAUAAUGAUGAAGAAAAUAGUAUGUUUCAUCAGGCAGAUAAAUUUACAUCUUUUCUAAAUAUAAAUAAUAAUUAUAAUGAAAAAAAUUUUUUGAAUUAUAAAAAUGAAGAUUAUAAUUUUAUCAAAGGAAUAUAUGAAAAUGAAUGGAAAUAUAUGAAAGAAAUGAAAAAUAGAAAAUACGAUGAAAAAAAAGAAUUGGGAAUCGUAUCUCAAUAUGAUGAUAAAAUAUUUCAAAAUGAUGAGAUGACAAAGAAAAUGAUAUAUUCUAUUUUUAUUAAAGACGAAGAAACAAAGAAAAAUAAAAAUAUACAAAAUAUAUGUUUUACAAAUGAACAGGAAGAAUAUAAUAAUGUUUCUAUAAAUAAUGCAAAAAAUAUGACAAUCAAUAUGAUCGAACAUCUAGAUGAAUCAUCAUGUGAUAAUAUUAAAAUUAAAAUAAAUGAAGAUAAAAUCUAUAAUGAACAGAUGAUAAAUAUUAUUGAAGAUAAAAUAGAAAAUCUAAAUAUACAACAUGGAAUACACAACAAAAGAAACAGCAACAACAAAAACAAUAAUAAUAAUAAUAAUAAUAAUAAUAUUAAUAUAUUUGAAGAAAAACAUAUUCUUAAAGAUAAUAAUAAUGAAGAAAAAAAACAAAACAAACAUAUAUAG